AUGUAUACAAUUUAACCCAAUAGUGGUAGAAACAGCAUUUUUGCACAAUCCAAUGUAAAUAAUCCUCCAGUCUAAGGAUAGAAUGUUAUGAAUUAAUAUGGAUAAACCUACAGUGGAAUAUUUUAGUAACAAAGUUCAUCUAAUAUAUAAUAACAAAAUCUAUAGCCUAUUAAUUAAUAGUAGCAAAUCCAAUAAUAACAAUAUCAAUAAUAAUAAUAAUAAUAAUAAUAAUAACAAUAAUAAUAAUAACAAUAAAUAUUUCCAAAUAAUAAUUAAUAACAAUAGUAGUAGAUUGAUUAAAAUAAUAAUAAUAUUGUGUAAUAUGGAUAAUAAUUCUAACCUAUUUAUUAAGAACCUGAUAAUUUUACUAAUCCUAAUGCCAUACCUCAAAAAAUUGAUCUCUAAUUUUAUGGAAUUUAUGAUAAGAUUUGUUAUAUAAAGGCUUAUCUUUUAUUAAGAUUUAAAAAUUGGUAAAUUCUCUAUCAUUAUAAUCAUACAACAAAAAAUACUGCAGAGUCUCAUGCUAAAAUUAUUGUUAAAAACUUUUUAGAAUUCACUUAAUUAGAAUAUGAUGUUAUUUAUUUUGUGAGUACUGAUGAAGGUUACUGGAUUCUUAAAAUUACAGACUUAGAUAGAAUUUAUAUGGUAUUAUGUGAUAACAAUUUCAGAAGAGAUUUAGCAUACUCUGUUUUUGAAGAAUAUUAUAAAUGUCUUACUGAAUAAGAUUAGUUAGUAAAAACAUAAGAUAAUGUAAUUUAUUAUUAAUAUACUUAUUAAGAUUGAAUUAUAUAAAUAAAUAAAUGAAAAGUUAGAAAUGUUAACAUAAUAAUAUGAACAAAAAAUUGUUGAAAAUAGAGAGACUGGAUUGAAUUUUUAAUAUUCCAAAGUUGAUUUUUCAUAAACAUACUUUUCUAUUGGGUUGAGUGAACAAUGUUAAAUGAACAAUGUGGAAAAAGUCAUUUUGUAGAACUAAAACAAUAGAAUCCAUCCAGCCUUUUAAGGAACAAAUGUAUUUAUUUUAAUUUCAUUACAUAAGUUAUUUACAGAUUUAAAGUCUAAUUUGUAACCAAUUAUAUCAAUCUGUAUAUGUGUCCUAUUAAUAUUGAUUGUUAUUCUUUUACUCUACAAUUAUGUAAUUAAAGGUAUUAGUAUAAUAUUAAGAUAAGAUAUUUUAACUUCACAAUAAAGCAAUUCCGGAAAAGUCUCAAAAAAUCAUUUACUAAAUCAUUUGAUUAAAAAAUGA